AUGAACAAUGCUCCCAGAAAACAUUACAUCGACGGAUUCCCAUCCCUAGCGAACUUCAUUGCCAGCGACAGAGACGGUACAUCAACAAUAUUCAAGCGGUUCAACAGACUAGCCGCCAGAAACCUGCUCAAUCUACAAAGCGAGCUAGCAGAGUUAGAGGCGAAGCUCGAUGCUUUCGAUGAUCAAGAUAGGGAAAGUAGAGAAUCAUUGCAGAGCUUGAGGAACUGGAAGGACUUUAAGGACAGAAACGAUGAAGAUUCAGAAAGAAGAAAGCUUCUACGAGAUAUAAAAAGCACAUUCAAAGAAUACAGAGAAGCGCUCAUGUUCGAGAGUACUCUGGCAACAAUACCUCCGCCAGAUAGAAAGACACUCAAAGCAUUUCGAACCAACUUUUUCCAUGGGCGUCCAGGAGAGGCAGGGGCCUUCCCAAUGCUCGGCGGCCAUAGUUCAAGCUUAUAUGACGACUCAGACGAUCUCCUAGUAUUGCACAGUCGAGAGCCACCAGAUAGAUUGACAAUGUUUGUACAAGACAAUUUCGGUUACUUGUUCGAAGAGAGUGGCACUGCAAAUGGCUCAUCAAUAGCUUACGCAUCGGGCAAAAAGAUCUCGACGUUCAUCUCAUACAUUAGCACCGUCCUUGCCGCGGUGCUUCUGAUCGGAGCUAUUGUCAUACUUUACAAUAUUAACUCUGACAACUUGAAGCUUGGUCUCAUUGCUCUUUUCACAGUGUUGUUUUCAGCAAGUGUUGGCCUUUUGACCAACGCUAAAAGAGCAGAAGUGUUUGGAGCCACAGCAGCAUAUGCCGCCGUCUUGGUUGUCUUUGUGAGCGGGGACCUGGGCAGUUGA